AUGAAGUGGAAUAUUGCUGAGUAUGUUGUGCAAUGCCCUUCGUGUCAAUUUGUGAAAGCUGAACACCAAAAGCCAGCUGGGCAACUUCAGCCUCUCAAAUUGCCAAUAUGGAAAUGGUAUCAAAUAGCUAUGGAUUUUGUCGUUGGCCUACCAAAAGCACCAAGUGGACAAGAUGCUAUAUGGGUGAUUAUUGAUAGACUCACUAAAAGUGUUCACUUUCGCCAUCAAGAUUACAGAUUCUAUGGACAAGUUGCUGCUCAGACUCCACCAUUGAAUCACGAUGCGGUUGAAGGAACAAAUCCUAAUGGAAACCCGGAAGGGUCAGGGGAGAAAGGUGAGCCACGGACCAAGGACCGUGUGGAGCCCAUUAACCCGGUUCCACCCCCACCACCAACGGAUGCUGAAAAAAGGCUGCAGCAGAUGGUACUGGACCUGGACGCGAAGUAUGAUGCACUAUCGAGAACUAUGGAUCAGAAGCGCGACGGGAAAGACUCUCUUGUGGAUAACCUCUUCCAGCAUAAGGAGUCUAUAUUUACCGAGGAAGUAUCCAACUUCGACUUGCCCGGAAGGUUUAAGAAGGAAACACUCCGAGCCCUUCUCGGUAAUUCUCAGCAGCAACAACAGCCUUCCACCGAGAAACCCAAGAAAAAGAAGAAUCACGAGGCCAUACUGGAUGCCGGUCCCGGGGAGUACAAGAAGACAAAGAAGAAUUUCGAAGAUUACAAGUGGACUCCAUUAAAUGCCUCCCUCACCGAGCCCCCAAAGUCUCGGAAAUAUAACCCUAUGAUUGUAGGGUUCUCAGAUGAUGAUUAUGCUGGAGUCUCACUUCCGCACACAGACGCCCUUGUAGUCACCCCAACAGUAGCAAAUUAUCAGACUCGGCGGAUCCUUGUUGACACAGAGAGCUCGACUGAUAUUCUGUUUAAGUCAGCCUUUGACUACAUGGGAGUCCCACGGGGGAAAGUGGUCCCAGUCUCAUGCCACUUACAAGGUUUUGCUGGAGAGAAAGUUCUGCCUCUCGGUUCGAUCGAUCUCCCUGUGACGGCAGGGACUUAUCCGAGGAAAAAGGUCAUCAUGGUGAAAUUCUUGAUAGUUGACAGAGUUUCAGCCUAUAACGCCAUUAUCGGAAGGACAGCUCUCAACGACUUAAAAGCUGUGACCUCAACACCGCAUCUCAGUAUGAAGUUCCCGACAGAAGAAGGAGUUGGAUUGGUUAAGGGAGACCAGAAGGAAGCAAGACAUUGUUACAACUUGUCCUUGAAAAGCACCCCGAGGCAGCACAAUUUGGGUGAGAAAGCUAAAGAGGACGGGAAAUAG